CGCCCCGGGAGCUGCACGGACGACUGCCCUCAACAGAUGAUAAUUGCAGCCUGUGGACCGUUCACCACAUCGGACACCAUCACUUAUGAUGCCCUAAAGGAUCUGGUGGAUGUUAUUAAUAGAGACCGUCCAGAUGUCUGCAUUCUGGUUAGAUCAAAGAACUAGCAAUUACAUUCAACAUAAACCUGCAUAGCUUGCAGGUGACGGUGACAUAUGAAGAGAUGUCCAAGUCUUGCCUGGAAACAAAUAUCGAAGGAACAUGGCCGUGAUGUUAGAAACUGAGUGAAGGUGACCCAUCUGAAAGCCCACCUUGCACGGCUACCCAGCUAGCAGAUGUCCGUUAUUACAUUUUUGUUUUCGAAGUAGAGAUCAGAGACUAGAUGUUUCAUAAGAAGCGGACUCCAAUCAAUUCAGUUCUUCACUCCCAAGACUGAGACUGCAAAUAUGUCAACGAAAGCCCCCAUCUACCUAAAAAGAGGAUCUCGCAAAGGAAAGCUGAGAGAUGUCUUGUCCCCCGACAUGAUAAGCCCUCCACUGGGAGAUUUUAGACACACCAUACAUAUUGGCAGUGGAGAAGGAGAUGUUUUUGGAGACAUUUCUUUUCUGCAGGGCAAAUUUCACCUUCUUCCUAGACUAAAUUCUAGCUCUUCUACAUCAUCACCGGAUGUCACCCCGCCCCUGUCACAUUCAGAAGUGCCAUCACCUGUCUUAAAGAAUGCCAUCUCGCUUCCUACAAUAUCGGAGCCACAAGCACUCUCGCUCCUUCCGGCCCCUCCACCAAAACCACCUCGUCUUCACCUGGAUGACAAGACUAAAAGCCCAGUGAAAGAAAUGGACAAACCCUUGCAAGUGGUGGAUAACAACUUUUCAUCUGAGAUGAAGGAAGAAAGGUUCCUUGCCCAUGCUGGAUCUCUUCUUUCUCUUCAUGUGGACUUGGGGCCUUCAAUCUUGGAUGAUGUGCUACAGAUAAUGAACAAAGAGUAGAAGGCUCUGCUCUGUAAGGACCAAAGUUCUCAAACAUUUUAUUCAUUUGUUUUUAAACACUAAAAAGAUUUUAGGAGUUAACUGUUUGGGCAGUGACCAUAAAUGAUUCCAUGCUGCCUUUUACAUAGUCUAUAUAUGCUUUAUAACAUUGAGCAUCAUCUGCAGAAACUUUGGGGCCUGUACUGGAAAUAAACAGGAUGGUGUCUGUGCAAGUGCUAUGUAAAGAUGCACCACCUCCACUUAGACAAGGCAUCUCCCGUUCAAAUUCAAGUGCCUUUCUGCCAGGAAGUGAUAAAUGACACUUUAUUUUUUGGAAUGUUUUUAUGACCAAAUUUAUAAGGUUCUUAAGAUGCAAUACAGAAAGUUAUUUUCGA